UAAAGCAGUUCUAAAACAGAAACUAAACAAACUAAGCGUUAAAACAUGACAGUCUUAACACUUCCCAAAAUAUUUUAUAGGUUAUACUGUACAGUAUGUUGGUUCUGCGCUCAUCUUCUGAGUUUCAAUUUCAAUAUCUGGCAAGCCUGGGUAAAACAGGCAGCUAAUACUCCUAAGAGCGUUAACUAUCACUUCACUAGAAGAUGCAACUACAAAUGUGGAUUUUGCUUUCACACCGCAAAAACAUCGUUCGUUUUGCCUUUGGAUGAAGCGAAGAGAGGCCUUCGCAUGUUAAAGAAGUCAGGAAUGGAGAAAAUAAAUUUUUCUGGUGGAGAGCCAUUUAUUGAAGGCCGUCAAGGAAGUUUCCUUGGUGAAAUGGUCCGUUAUUGCAAAGAAGAACUCAACUUGAGUGUCAGCAUUGUGUCAAAUGGAAGUCUGAUAAAAGAAAAUUGGUUUAAAAGCUAUGGGAAGUAUUUGGAUAUUCUUGCCAUAUCCUGCGAUAGUUUUGAUGAGAAAGUCAAUGUUAAAAUUGGCCGUCAUCAUCGAAAAAAGCGACACCUUGAUAUCUUGAGACAGGUUCGUGAUUGGUGUACUCAAUUCAAAGUAGCCUUUAAGAUCAACACUGUUGUGAACACCUACAAUAAGCAUGAAGAUAUGUCAGAGGCAAUUUCCCAGCUGAAUCCAAUACGAUGGAAGGUCUUUCAGUGUCUUUUAAUUGUUGGUGAAAAUUAUGGGAAUGAAGCUUUAAGAAAUGCUAAAGAAUAUGUUGUUUCGGACAAGGAGUUUGAGUCAUUUAUAUCGCGCCAUAAAAGUGUAUCGUGCCUUGUUCCUGAAUCAAACGAGAAGAUGCGUAAUUCAUACUUGAUACUAGACGAAUAUAUGCGGUUUCUUGAUAACACCGGAGGGCAAAAAGUACCGUCAAAAUCAAUUCUGGAUGUUGGCGUGCAAUAUGCUUUAAAUGCAAGUGGCUUUGACGAAAAAAUGUUCUAUAAGCGAGGCGGAAAAUAUAUUUGGAGCAAAGGUGAUAUGGCUUUAGAUUGGUGACAUUAAUAUUAAGUAUUGACUAAGACAGAAAGAAACAAAAUGUGUUUUAUUUACUUGAGAAACAACGCCAGUGUAGGGGAAAACAAAUGCACUGUUUCUUGACGUUUCAGUCAAUAUGUUUUUUUGUUAUAUACCAAUUUUCAAAGAGAAUACUAACAACAACGUAAAUAAACGAACAAGCUUUCCAAAAAGAAUAUACCAUAAAAAUAGCACAAAAAAUACUAGGGAAAAAUUUCUGUUCUUUCGUGAUCGGAAUAAGAUGCUGAGCAAAGUAAGGCAAAGGUAGCUUUUCUUUAAAUGAUGAACGUGAUUUUUUAUUAUUUACCUGUAGAUAAGGUAUUGUCUCACUUUUGAGCUGCCUGCAAGGAAGCAGCUCAAUUUCUUCUCUCUUACGUGACGCACUUUCGACCAGUGAAAAAUUAACUUUGAAAAUUGUUUUAUAACAAUGGUAUGGUAAUAACCUAAUAUGAUUAAUUCUAUAUUAUAAUAUAGUUAACAUAGUUAAUUCUAAUGGUAUAGGAACCAAAUAAAAUUAAUUACAGUUCUUAUCUUAGGAUAUUAGCACUAUGCAAUAAACAUAAAUUUUACCCACGAGUAUUUUAUAUUUAAUAAUUGACACAAAUUAUCAUAAUUACGUAAAGGUGCUCGACAGUUCAAGCAAAUCAUCAAAGCUUAUUUUUUAAUUGUAGCUAAAGGUAUAGCUAAAAGCUCAUUCACUCAUUAAAUGAUUGUCAAUUCAGCGUCAUAAAGUACCACUACUUCUAUUUUAUAAUCAUAUUUAUUUUAAAAAAUGUUGUUUUUAUUUGAAGUACACGCUUUGUAAAAUUUUUACUUUCGUUAUUAUAAUGGUUACGCAGCCGCUGUAAAAGCAAA